UCCUGGUAAACAUUGGAGGCAGAUUGAAGGAAACUCUUGCUUUUUGAAAAAGGGAAGGGAUGAUAUGGUUGUUGUUAGCGCGAAGCUUGUUUGUGGAGUAACCUCGGUAAAGUCCCAUUCGGACAAUGCAGACAAAUAAAGGAAAAAACCAAAACAAAAAAAAUCUGGGAAUCCGAUGGCGGACCCAAUGGUCUAAAUAAAGAUUGAUGGCAGUACUUGAAAUGAAAGAGGUCGGUUGUCCAGGAGCCUAUAUAUACUCUUCGUUUUCUUCUUCUUCUCGAUAUCAUUUUUUUUUUACUUUUCAAAAAGGUUUAAUCCAAUGCAUUCUCUCGUCUAUCUGGCCUUUGCUUUACUAUUGAGCUCAACAUUGGUCUCCACGUCGCCCAUAACAAGACGUACUCUUACUGGCGUUCAAACUGACUGCAAGAAAGGAUAUUUCGCAUUGACAUACGAUGAUGGUCCAUACGAGUUUACUGAAGAGCUAGUUGACAAGUUAGACGCGGCUGGUAUCAAGGCUACUUUCUUUGUCAAUGGCAAAAACUGGUGGGAUAUCAAAACUGAUUCCAACGCAUCUGCUGCGAUCGAAAAAGCAUAUAAUUCUGGCCAUCAGAUUGCAAGCCAUACAUAUUCACACGCUGAUCUCGAUAGUUUGGAUGCUGCGGGAGUCACCUCGGAAAUGACCGAUCUUGAAGCUGCAUUGGAGAAGGCUAUCGGUGUAAAGCCAGCGUUCAUGCGUCCUCCUUACGGUAAUAGCAAUUCGGGAACUACGUCGACUCUUAACUCACUCGGAUAUACAGUCGUAACCUGGAAUGUCGACUCGAAAGAUUAUGAAACUCACAACCUCAAUGAUGAACUGACUAACUACAAGAACGAGCUCGGUCCUAUUACCGGGCCCGGUGGUAUUGCUUUGGAACACGAUGUUUACCAACAAACUGUCGAGGAGCUUACCGACAAAGCCAUUGAAUACGUCCAGGGAAUGGGUUACAAGUUUGCCACUAUCGCUGAGUGCUUCAACUCGCAGCCCUACCAGUAGGAGGAGAAAUAUUUGAGUCGUACCUUAGCGCCGUCUAUCAUGGACGCAACGAUUUUAUAACCUUUCUUGAAAAAUAACAAAACCCAAAAACAAAGCAUAAGUACAAGUAGCUUCCAUAUAGUAUGGAAAGAUAGGUCAGAGCAUAAUGGAUUGAUAAUAAAAUAUAUUCUUCUCAAAAUU